UGCUCGGGUCGCUGUGACGUCAUCAGACUGCGGAAGGUUCCAGAGAGAGCUAGAGUGUCUGUCUCCCUGUGUCAGUCUGUCCGUGCUCUCCGCUACCCCCGGCCAUGGACCCUGCCCUGCUAGAGCUUCAGAACGAUUUGGAUGAGGUGAAACUGUUGCUGGAAAAGGCUACAAGAAAGAGAGUGCGAGAUGUACUUUACGUGGAACAGCGCAAACUGGAGACUGAAAUCACAAACAAACGACAACAACAAACUGCACAGUCUAUGGACGUUCAAAAGCCAUCGGCAGUUGUACCCCCUAUGGUUGGCACAUAUACUGUGAAAAUUAGUAGCUAUGGUUGGGAUCAGUCGGACAAGUUUGUGAAAAUUUACAUUACCUUAAAGGGAGUUCAACAUAUUCCUGUUGAUAAUGUUCAAGUCCAGUUUACGGAAAGAUCCUUUGAAUUAUUAGUAAAGAAUCUAGAUGGAAAGAAUCACACAAUGACUGUAAAUAACUUACUGAAUCCCAUCUCUCCAGAGAGCAGUCUUAGAAAGGUGAAGACAGACACAGUCCUAAUUAUGUGCAGUAAGAAAGCUGAAAAGAAGUGGGAUUAUUUGACUCAAGUCGAGAAACAGACAAAGGAGAAAGACAAACCAUCACUGGACACAAAGGACGAGGAUCCUAGUGCGGGACUAAUGAAUGUCUUGAAGAAAUUGUAUGAUGAUGGAGAUGAUGAAAUGAAGAGAACACUGAAUAAAGCCUGGACAGAGUCAAGGGAGAAACAAGCUAAAGGAGACAUGGAGUUUUAAACAGUCUGUCCAGAAGCCUUAUGCCAAUCUGACGGGCAGGGGUAGCCCUUGCUGUAAAACCUGUGGAAUUGAUCUUGACAGUCUGUUUACAAUCCAGCUAUUUCCUUGGCAUGGACACUGUGCUCUCUUUGCAUCUCAAUAUUGCUGUGGAACCCUGGAGAAUGUAUUUAUAUUGGCAUAAAAAAAAAAAAACCUUCCUAGCCUUUAAAUUUUCAAAACUGCAACCAUGUGUCAAUUUUUGUUAAAUAGCCAUAAAUGUUUUCUGACAUUUUGUUUACAUAUUAAAUAAUCUAACCUCAACUGCU